AUGAGGGAAUUGCUCUGUCUGGUCUUCCUCGACAUCACCGAGUCUCUUUUUCGAGCUAGGAUUCCUAUCAUCGAGUAUCGUGUGCGGGAUCCGUACCUCAUAAACCACCAUGCGGGCCUGUGUGGAUCGCUCCUACCCAUUCUCUAUCGUGUUUGCCUUCUUGGGGCCGCCAUCAGGAAAGGCUCCCAACACCCUUUCUCUCACAAUUGCUUCGAUAUACUUCGUGAGGAGAUUGUCGCAUGGGCCCCCAGUGUGUCAGCUGCGAUGGCUGGGCGCUUUUCGGAGGAGGAGAUGCUGCUCCUCCUUACACAGGCUAAUCUGCAUCGCAAUGCGGCCCUUCUUAUCUUGCAUCGGCUGCGAUUCCCUUUUGGAGACCACGAUGAUGAUGCCGAGUUUCUUUCUCAAACAAUUAUCAGGGAGAUGCAAUAUUGUCUAGCGAUGACCAAGCAUUAUCCUCAAAUAUAUCAUUGGUCCUGCCCGUUGCUGGAGCUGAGGUCCAGGACUCUGUGGGCCGGGAAAACAUCCUCUCGUCGCUGCAGAGGUAGCAAUGGCUCAAGCUUCUACCCCUUCGUGGCAAAUCUCCGGUUAUUCCUCACUCGCGUCUGGACCAGCCGGGACGAGGGGACUACACGAUAUCUGUUCGACCUAUUCGACGAGGAUGAUAACCUAAGUAUUCCUCUGUGA